CAAAAACUAAAAAAACAUCGCAAAGGAAUUUUGUUCGCACGGAAAAUUCAGUGAAAAUAGUUGAAAAUCAUCUUGAAGAAGUUUCUUUUUCCCCCAUCAGAAUGUUGUGCAUCAUUCCUGUUAAAAAAUACGCGUGCUUCCUUAAAACCUGAACGGGAAAUUUAUAGAAAAGCUCCUCUCAGGCAAAUACACCCACCCCAGAUGAAGGAAAAAAUGUCAACAAAGAAAUCUUUCCUCUUUGGCAUCACUGUUGCUUCCCUCACCUGGACAAUCAGUCUCUAUCUCUACUGGAAAUUAACACAGAACACAGACACCGCCUUAUCCACCACUGGAAGUCCUGUGGGUGAUAAGCUAAAAGAGCCCAGAACGAAUCUCAAUGCAUUGGAUGUGAAUCUAAAGAAGAGUGGACCCUUUGCAGGGAAGGUCCAGGACAAGGAUUACGAUAUAUUCGCUCAGAAAUUGCAGCAGUACAAGAAGGAGAAGAAAUUCCGCAAAAUUAGCAGAAAAUUAAUCGAAGAAAUGCGUCCCAUUGUUCCAGAAGUCAAAGAUGAAUUUGGUAUGGUGCGGAACUCAAGGGAUCAAUUUCUGCGAGACGAAGGCUAUCGGAGGCACGCCUUCAACGUGCUGGUCAGCAAUAGUUUGGGCGUUAGUCGAGACAUUCCCGAUACAAGAUACAAACUCUGCCCAAAGCAAGUUUAUCCAGAAGAUUUGCCAACAAUCUCCAUCAUUAUGUGCUUCUACAAUGAGCACCUGAUGACGCUCCUGAGGUCUGUAAACAGUGUUUUGUUGAGAACACCGAAGAAACUCCUGAAGGAAAUAAUUCUUGUGGAUGAUAAUAGCGAUGGAGGGGAUCUGAAAGAUUUGGACGAGGAGCUGCGGAAAAUUGAUGGAGAUGGAAAGGUGAAGAUGCUGAGAAAUGGACAACAGAGGGAAGGGUUAAUACGAUCCAGGGUUAUUGGAUCACGUCAUGCUACAGGGGAUGUUCUCAUCUUCCUGGAUAGUCACAUUGAGGUGAAUAGAGAAUGGGCUGAGCCACUUUUGACUGUGAUAAAAGCUAACUCAUCAGUUCUGGCCAUGCCAGUGAUUGACAUCAUCAAUUCGGACACAUUUAACUACUCAAGCAGCCCCCUUGUACGCGGUGGCUUCAAUUGGGGACUCCACUUUAAGUGGGACAACCUCCCGGAGGGUACAUUGAAGACAGAAACAGACUUUCUCGGGCCAUUUGACUCACCCACAAUGGCAGGCGGGCUCUUUGCGGUGGACAGGAAGUAUUUCCGGGAUAUGGGAGAAUACGACAUGGGCAUGGAUAUUUGGGGUGGGGAAAAUUUGGAGAUUUCCUUCAGGAUUUGGCAGUGUGGCGGUGCAAUUCAACUCAUUCCAUGCUCUCGUGUAGGGCACGUCUUCCGCAAACGUCGUCCCUAUGGAUCUCCCGAAGGUGCUGAUACGAUGGUUCGCAAUUCCCUGCGUUUGGCCACAGUGUGGAUGGAUGAUUAUGCCAAAUUCUUCCUUGAGCAGCAACCAACAGCGCGUAAAGUUGACUACGGGGAUGUGAGUGAACGCCAGGCACUUCGGGAGCGUCUCCAGUGUCGCUCCUUCCGGUGGUAUCUCGAAAAUAUCUAUCCAGAAAUUGAAAUUCCCGGAGAAAUUCGCAAGAAAGGCCAAGGAAAGCCAUUGGCAUUGCCAAAUUUUGAACCAUGGCACUCCCGACGGCGAAAUUAUGUGUCAAGCUAUACAAUUCGUCUCACAAACUCCACACUUUGUGUCACAAAUACCGGCGAGAAGGUAAAGGGGUUCUGGAAGAGGGGUAGUACACUACAGCUCAUGCCAUGUCUGCGCAUGCAGACGCAGGUGUGGUACGAAACGGACAGGAAUGAACUCAUCCUGGGACAAUUGCUCUGUCUCGAGGCAUCCACGAGUGUUUCCGGGCAAUUUGCCACGACGCCCGUACUCAAUAAAUGCCACGAAAUGGGAGGUGAUCAGGAGUGGAAGCACAAAAGAACGAAAUCAACUCCAAUCUACAAUCUUGCCGCUGGGUUGUGCUUGAGUGCAAAGACUGCAAGGAAGGGAGCUCCAAUAACAAUGUCCAUUUGCUCCACAAGUGAUGAAACGAAUCUCAAUGCAUGGGAUUUAAUUGUGUCCCCGCUGGAAGCACAAUAAAUGGGAGGAAUUGCUGAAGGAGAUUCAAGAGGUUCCAUUGAGUCCAUUUAAAUGUUUUUUUUUUAAGGCAUUCCACAGUAAGUAUUUGUUUCGAAUAAAAUUUUUCAAUGUGAAUUUUUUAAGUCUGAAAUAAAAUGUUUCAGUUUUGCUAAAAAAA